AUGGAAAAAGGAAAAGAACAUCCUAGCACGCUAAGACCCUCUAGCUCAAAUCCCGAAUCCGACAUACCAUCAACUUCUCCAAACAUACCAAUUCACGGUUACUAUGGACCAGUGCCUGCGUGGUCACCGGCCUUUCUCGAUGCCAACCAAUAUCCAAGCAACCUACAGAAUGCUAGUUAUCCAAUUCAACAUGGCAUGGAAGGGCAGUUGUCGGACAUCAAUACAAGCUCCGCUACAAGCAGAUUUCAGGGUACAGAGGAUAAUAGAUAUGUAGUUGGGGAGGAGACUGAUUCGCCAUGUACAUCUUCUAGAGUUGAAGAAGUUAAUUUUGAUAUUCCAGAUGAACAAGAAACCGAGUCUGGCAGUGCAGGAACAUCUAAGAAGACACAAAUGGAUGACAUUGAUGAGCCAAUGUCGGGGAUGGAGUUUAAUUCCCUAGAAGAUUUAAUCAGUUAUUAUAAAGAAUAUGGUAAGAAAAGCGGGUUUGGGGUGAUGACUAAAAGAAGUGAGAGGGGAGAGGAUGAGACUGUUAGAUAUGUCACCCUUGCCUGUGCCCGUGGUGGGAAGGCAAGGAAUAGACUCUUGAAUGUCUCCAACCCACGUCCGACAGGAAAGACGGAGUGUAAGGCCAAAAUAAAUGCCUUAAAAGCUGAUGAUGGAAAGUUUAGGCUGACUACAGUUCAUAAUAUCCACAAUCACGGCCUCAGUCCGAAGAAAUCCCGCUUCUUUCGAUGUAACCGAGAAGUGAGUGAAUCUGUCAAAAGAGUUCUAGAUACAAAUGAUUUGGCUGGAAUCCGAAUGAAUAAGAGCUUCGGAUCUCUGGUUGUAGGCGCAGGUGGAUUUGAGAACCUCCCGUUUUUGGAAAAAGACUGUCGUAACUACAUCAACAAGGCUAGGCAUCUACGACUGGGCGCAGGUGGUGCCGGAGCACUUCGAGACUACUUUUUACGAAUGCAGUACAAAAAUCCGGGGUUCUUUGCACUGAUGGACCUGGACGAUGACGGGAGGCUAAAGAAUGUAUUUUGGGCAGAUCCCCGUAGUAGAGCUGCAUACCAAUAUUUCGGUGAUGUGUGUAUGGAUGGUGUCGCGCCGAAGGCUAUUAUCACUGACCAAGAUAGAGCCAUGAAAAAUGCAAUUGCAAUUAUCUUUCCAAAAAGCCGCCAUAGAUUUUGCCUAUGGCAUAUCCUGAAGAAAGUCCCAGAAAAGCUUGGAUGCUAUGGUUCCUACAAAAGUGGCAUGAAAAUUGCACUGAUGAAAUGUGUUUAUGACACACAAAAGCGGAAAGAGUUUGAAAAAUCUUGGCAUGAGAUGAUCAGCACGUAUAACUUGCAUGAUAAUGUCUGGUUGCAGAGUUUAUACACUGAGCGUUGCCAUUGGGUACCGGCCUUCUUGAAAGACAUUUUUUGGGCUGGGAUGAGUACUACGCAGCGAAGCGAGAGCAUGAAUGCCUUUUUUGAUGGUUACGUUUAUGCUAAGACGAACUUGAAAGAAUCGCCUAUUGAAAAGAGAUAUCAAGAUUUGUAUACAAAUGUUAAAUUCAGGGAAGUUCAGAUCCAGCUUACCGGCAUUAUCGACUUGGACCCAGUUUUACAUAGAAGAGAGGGUACUGUGAAGACCUAUUUGGUAGAGGAUGAAGUUCGUGUUGAAGAUUUUACGAAGCAAGUGACACGCUCAGUAGAUUUUAAUGAGGAAGAUGGUGUCGCGAAAUGUUCUUGUGGUUUAUUUGAAAUGAGGGGGAUAGUGUGCCGGCACAUCUUCGUUGUGUUCAAAUGUAACGGGAUUAAGACAAUGCCACAACAGUACAUUUUAGAUCGAUGGAGGAAGGACAUUAAAAGAAGAUACACGUUAAUUAACAGCAGCUAUGACGCAGGCGAGGUGCGGGAAGAUGCUAAUAGAUUUUCAAGUCUGUUGAAUAUUUGUUAUAAAAUGAUUACUUGUGCUGCGGGUUCAAAAAAGCAUACUGAGGAUGCAACAACUAAGUUGCAUGCAAUGAUUGACCUGUACUCUGAGACCCAAGAACCCCCAUCGCUAGCUGAAAAUUGUUUAAAUGUUGGUGGCAUGACAAAGGAAAGUGCAGCUACCACUGGAAGUUCAACUCAAGUACUCAGUCCAAAGAUAGUUCGAGGGAAAGGCAGGCCCCCAUCUAUAAGGAGAGCAUCUAGGAUGGAGAAAGAGCUGAGAAAACGGGAUGGAGACGAUACCCAUGGUGUGGACACUUGCAGGAGCUUAUUUGGCCCCUCCGAUUUGGACGUCUCCAAUAUUGGACACGUGCAUGCUAUUCCAGACAGGUCGCUAGCAUAUGACAUUAGGGGAACCCAAUCAACAGAUCCAGUGAUUCAAACUCAACAAAGUAUGGAAUUUGGAUUGGACGGAUCACAACCGCUACACGUUGAGUUUGAUGGAUCACAACCACAGCAAUGA